AUGCGCGCGCACGACAGGGCGCAGGUGUUUUGGGCGUGCGGGGAUCGGGGCGCAGGUGUGUUGGGCAUUCGGGGAACGGGGCGCGCGGCAAGGCUGUGGGGCAGGGCGCGAGGCGCGCACCCGAUUGGGGAGCACGGCGCACGGCCGGGGAGCGGGGCGCGCGGGGCUGUUGGGGCGCGCGCGGCAUGGGUGAUGGGCGCGGGGGAGCGGGCGCGCAGAGCUGCUGGGGCGCAAGGAGCGCGCGGGCGGGCGGCUCUUGCGCGAGGAAGGCGUGCGCGCGCGGGCGGCCAGGGCGCGGGGCGCGCGCUCGGGGGCUGUUGGGGAGCGGAGAGCGCGCACGCGGAACUGUUGGGGCGCGGGGCGCGAGGAGGGCGUGCGCGCGCGGGCGGCUGGUGCGCGGGGCGCGCGCUCGCGGGCUGA